CUUUAUAUAUUAUUACAUGGUCACCUGAUAUAUCACAUAUACCACAAAUAGUGUUAAAUUCCUCUGGGUAGUACGGGUACACGCAAUCGUCAAGAGGGUCAACCUUACGAGAAGGAACCCAUUGACAAAACAUUCUGGUAGCAGAGCGUGGUUUAUUUAAGCGGAAGUUUUUUUUAUGAAUUUUUAUUACGUUCGUAAUAUUGGUAUAGUGUAUGAUAUAUUGUGGUGGUGUAGUAGUCGCGUUUUGGUGCAUCAGUAAAUUGUUUAAUUAUUUAAAUUUUUAUAAAUAUAUAAUCGAAAUUAUUGUAUGGUGAAAGUCCCAAUGUUAAUCAGCAAACCUAUUUAUAUUGAUUCAUUAAUUAGUGCUUGUGUGCAACCGGGCCGUAAUUGCGUGAUGUGUUAAGCGGUUCCGUCGUUAUCUUUUUUUUUUGUAUGUUAUUAUCGAACGACGCAUCGCGACGGUCCGAUAGUUAUGUUACUUCGAUUUAUUAAAUAGUAUUUUACGUAAUAUUCAAAUAAUGAUGACUGAGCGAGCAGACAUCGAGCGUGUAAACCGGGUAAAGCGAAAGGCUUUGUUAAAAUGCAAUAAUUGUUUUAAUCGCGUAAAGGCUAUUCACGCCAUCGCGUUGCGAUGUGUCGAAAAUGCAGAGCUUUAUGCGCAAUUGUCGGUCCUGUUGGACGAUGUCGACGAUAUUUGUAAUGUUUUUAAGGCCGAGAAUGAAACUUACAUUGAUUGUUUAGUCGAUUUAGAAUUAGAGUCGGAAUAUUCAGAGGACCCGAUAAUUGAGAUGUAUGAGCUAAUUUCAUUCUCAAAAGCUGUCUUGAAUAACCACGAGUACCCCCGCCGUGUAAUGUCCGUGCAUGGGGGAUCUCAAAGGUCGUUACAUAGUACCGUAAUAAAUACUCAUAAUACACAGCCUGUGGCUGACGAUGACGUUUGUGGUCCCGCUCGUAAUGUCAUUGUCGACGCAUACGCGGAUAACAGUGGCCCAUCCGAAAAUUCCGCGCCGAUAACUGUCGACCGCUCGAAAUCGGUACGCUUACCGGAAAUACCAUUACCGAGUUUUCACGGCGAUAUUUUCAAAUGGUUGUCAUUUCGUGAUCGUUUCGUUGCUAUGGUGGACCAAAGACAAAACUUAACAGACAUAGAAAAAUUCUAUUAUUUAACGGGCUGUUUAAAGGGUAUUGCACUAGACGCGAUAGGAGGGAUUCCUGUGGCCGGCGAUAACUACCAGUUGGCGUGGUCCACAUUAAAAUCGCGCUUUGACCGACCCCGUCUUGUCGCUGCUUCGUUAAUCGAAAACCUAUUAACUGCCCCCAAGGCAUCGACCGAAACAUUAGUUGAUUUAAACAAAUUUUUAAUGAUUUUCGACGAAGGUGUCGCAGUGUUAGAGACUAUGAAGUUACCGAACUUGGGUGACUUUAUUCUGUUUAUUUUAGCCUCCCGUUGUUUACCGCAAUAUUCCGUCAAAUUGUUCGAGGCGCAAUUGUCCACCGGAUUUCCGUCCGUAAAAGAACUAUUAACAUUUGUUAAAUCGCGAAUAAAUGUAUUAGAGUGUGUCCCACGCGAUAAUUCGCAGAAAUGUACAAACCCAUCAGCGACCAAGUCAUUCCCGUCAAAUGGUUUUAAAGGUGGUUUCACCCAUACAAAGCGCUUCCAAAAGACUUCGUUAGUCGCACACACGACUGCCCCUAAAUUACCUGGGAGUUGUUUGGUUUGUUCCGGGUCUCAUAGUGUGAUUAAUUGUAGAAAGUUUUUAGGUUGGUCCGCGGACGUCCGACAUAAGUGGGUCCGUGACCACAAAAUGUGUUUUCGAUGUAUACGGUCGGGUCACUGGGCGCAAGACUGCAAGUCACCCACACCAUGUGACCAAUGUCCCCGUCGCCACCACCCCCUUUUACAUCCUGACGACACACCCGACGUUCGCACUUCGUUGGUUGGUCAGGGCUCCGGUAAUUCAGUACUGUUAGGGACGACGCUUGUUCAUAUCCUAGACUGUGGGGGCGUGUUACAUACCGUUCGGGCUUUGGUAGACUCGGCGUCGCAGAUAAGCGCCAUCACAUCCGAUUGUUCCUCCCGCCUAGGUUUGCGAAUGACACGUUGGACUACCCCUGUUUCUGGUUUGGCUGGCGCGCCCGUACCGAACGUGAAAGGGCGAGUCAAUUGUCACGUCCAGCCUAGAUUUGCUGUAGAGCCAAUUUUUAAAUUUGAGGCGUGGGUGUUCCCUUCUAUUACUGUGGAAAUGCCCGGUCAUCCUAUAUCUAGACAUAUAGUAGAAAAGUAUAAAAAUUUAGCGUUGGCGGAUCCGUUAUUCGCUGUCCCGGAUAAAAUUGAUUUAUUAUUAGGUGCAGACAUAUUCGCACGCAUACUAGAUGGUAAGCGCGUGUCGGUUGGGGACUCCUUUCCGGUUGCUUUCGGGUCAGUGUUCGGGUGGAUUAUUAUAGGUCCCGUUCCACAAGUAAAUCAUAGUACUAACAUUUCCUGUCCCAUUUCACUUAUCACGUCAGUCGAGGGGCUGAUGGACAAAUUUUGGCAAAUAGAGGAACCCGAGACCGCCCCUGAGGACUUUACGCAUGACGGUCAGAGUGAGACAAUUUUUCGUGAUAAUUUUCGUCGUCAUGAAAAUGGUCGUUUUAGUGUCCCUUUAUUAUUUCGCCUACCAGUCACCGAAGACGCGUUUCGUGGUUCCUACGAAGUGGCCCUUAAACGCUUUAACUCACUCGAGAGGAAGUUAUCGGCUGACAACAGACUGCGGGAGGCGUAUAUAAAGUUUAUGACAGAAUACUUGACAUUAGGGCAUAUGUCACCGGCAAAAUCGUUAGGAACGUAUUUUAUCCCUCACCAUGCCGUGUAUAAGUCGUUCGAAGUCGAGACAAAAUUACGAGUGGUUUUCGACGCGUCUGCUCAAUCCUUUUCUGGUACGUCUCUGAACCAAUAUUUAUUAUCCGGUCCUAAAUUACAACGAGAUGUUAUCGAUGUCCUCACAUUAUUUAGGCUUUCACGUUACGCAUUUACUACCGACAUUACAAAAAUGUAUAGGCAAAUCGAAGUCAUUCCAGGCCACCGUUGUUUUCAACAUAUUCUGUGGCGUCCCUCCCCAACCGAGGAGCUCAAAGUUUUUGAACUUAAUACUGUGACAUACGGGGUAAAUUGUUCGCCUUUUUUAGCGCUUAGAGUUCUAAAACAUAUCGCUGAAAAUGACUGCCACGAUUUUCCAGCUGUCCGCGAAUCGUUAUUAUUCAGUACAUAUGUAGAUGACAUAUGCGUGGGUGCUGAUUCUGUAGAGGCCGCGGUGGCGCUACAAAAUGACUUACGCACCGUGCUAAGUCGAGCUGGUAUGUCAUUAAAAAAAUGGGCCAGUAAUUCAGAGGCGGUGUUAGAUAAUGUUUCGUUUGAUGAGCGGGUCACCAAGUCACUCACGUUUAAUCACAGUGAAGACGUCGGGAUUAAAGUUCUCGGCCUCAAUUGGAGCCAUCGAGACGACACGUUUCAAUAUUUAAUGCAAUCUGUAGACUUAAUUACAUCAAAACGGGGUAUGUUGUCACUUAUCGCCAGAAUAUUCGACCCGCUAGGCCUUUUGUCCCCGGUAAUAUUUUAUGCUAAAUAUAUAAUGCAACAAGUGUGGCAGAGCAAUGUCGAUUGGGACGAUCCAUUGCCUCCCGAGUUAUCCGAAUUAUGGCGCAAAUUCGUUGUGGAUCUUCCCGCACUGCAGCAAUUAAAAAUUUCGCGUUUUGUAGGUACACAAGUGGGAAGCCAAUGUUACGUAUGCGGGUUUUGUGAUGCGUCCGAAAGGGGUUACGCUGCCGUGGUUUAUUUAAAAAUAAUUGACGAAUUUGGACAGUCGGUCGUAUCUCUAUUGGGGGCUAAAAGCAAGUUAGCGCCACUGAAAGCAACGACCAUACCCCGACUUGAGCUUUGCGCGGCCGUGUUGCUUGCACGUUGGUUGGCCCGACUUACGUUAACAUUAAAGCGUAGAGUUCAUGUCGUUGAUAUAUACGCGUGGUCGGAUUCGACAACUGUUUUAAAUUGGUUGAAGGUCCCACAUGAAAACUUUAAAAUAUUUGUUUCGAAUCGAAUUUAUAAAAUAAAAACAUUAUUACCCAAGUGUCAUUGGAAUUACAUCCCUUCCGCAAAAAAACCCCGCCGAUUGUGUAUCGCGCGGUAUUUUUCCAUCGGAGCUCAUUAUUAAUAAGUUGUAUUGGG